AUGCCAUCCCCUCCUAAACGACGCAAAACUAGCGAGACCACUGGCGUCGCUGUCGCGCAGACCAUUGAUUCUGGAAAUGACACGCGCCCCUCAGACCGGCCCUCCUUCCAGUCCCCUACUAGGGCAAGCCUGGCACGAGCACACCCCGAAAUCUUAGAGCGCGCGCUCAGCAGGUCUCCAAGUCGCCGACCGACUAGCAGAGGAAGCCAGAAUGGCCGACCAGAAAGAUCUGAAGCCAAGUCUUUUGGACUGCGCGACCGCAAAGCUUUUCGACCGUCGCUUAAUGUUUCUGCUAGUCCCCUAAAUCGACCAAGAAUGUCUGGCGGCGCGCCUGUUUUGUCACCCAACAGACGCUCGAGUGGCAUUCAAGCAUUUUCAAAGCCGCCUCGCAGAAUUUCCCACAAGAUCGUCCCCUCCGAUUUCAUGUUAGGAUCACCAGUCGGAAAGCAAAUCCAGCCCGCCGAGCAGUCACAGUCAAACACUCCCGAGGAUCAACUGGCAUUGGAAUUGGGUAGUGCCACAAAAGAUGCUGCUAUGGAUCUAGGCCUGGAUGGCGCGUUUAUGGAUGACGAUCCACUUGAGCCCGAGCUUCCUCCCACUCCGACACAGCUGGGUCUGGAGAAGGCCCCCGACCGGCCCAAGGGGCUAUUGAGUAGCAGCCCGAGUUUGCGGCAUGAGAAACGAAUCAAAAGACGAACAGUCGAUGCAUUCCAAGGGAGUCCAUUGAAAUCUUCGAGGGUUCAAUCACCUAGCCCAGAAGACUCGGAUGAUGCAGAACUAGAUUCGAGACAGGAGCUGUCGGCUGCUGUGCUGGAGAAACGCAAAUUGCGAAAGAGCCUGGCUGCAGAAUUGCAACAACUAAAGAACGACGUGGCAGAGCUAGAGACAUGGUCAGGGAGGAUAGACUCUGAAAAAGACUUGACAGCCCAUGCAAAGGGGCUUGAUCGGUUCCUCUCCUUGCUCACCUCAGAAGAGGCAUCACACACGAGUCGCUCCGUGCCCCAGCAAGCGCCUAUGCCAAUAUCGUCCCUUCUUUCCACAUUGCUUCCAUUCUCUGGCAGAAUAUCUCGACCGGCGCGCCCAACAUCGCCUCUACCAACCAACCCGUUUGCGCUGCAAGAAGCGUCGAAAGCUCGGUCGUACCUAACAGUGUUUGCGCCGCUGACACUCAGCGCGCAUACAAGCCGGUCCUCGUCCCGCGAGCCCCAAUCUCUGUCUGAAAUGCACACGUUGACAUUCACUGCCCCCCCUUCAUUCCCAGCCAAUCUUUAUACUGUGACUGUUGUCUAUGAGACCAACCCUGAAACACAGUCCCUUGUCUCUGUCUCUGUACCAACAGGCAGCGAGAGUAAGAAACGACGUGUGCCCGAGGUGCUUCGCCGAUGGAUCGAAUCCCGACUGGAAAAUCUACUUCUCAGACUCGAUGUUACGACUCUGUGUUGGGGUAUCAACCGAUACUGGGAAGCAUCUGUUGAACGUGCUCGGUUAUGGGCUCAGAUUGAACACAACCACGGUAGUCAAAGGCCCACGCGUGGCCGGAAAGAUACUGGGCCUGCAAGUGAAGCAGGUCACAUUGUUUCUGAUCUGCGACGUCUAAUCCCGCACCUUGAGCGCAGCACAAUGAUCAUCAACCCCAAGUCAUCAGACAACAAUGCACGAGUGCUACUAUCAAAUCCGUUGACCAUUGAUGACUGGACCGGCGAGCCCCAGCUACGACCCGAAAUCAGCAUUGCGGCCGUCAGUGUCAGCAAUGAUUUGAGCAGGAAAAUUGAUCAGGAGACGAAAAAGCUCUUUCAUACUUUGCUGCACGAGAAUGGAAUGCCCAACACGCCAGGGGAAGGUGGCAUUCAUAUUGACGCCAUCCUACGGGCGACUGAAGGUGCCCUUGGGGCCUUGUUUGGCCGCACUUGA